AUGCGUUCGACGGCAGCAAUCAGCCUCUUCGCGGCCGGCGCCCUCGCGGCCAACACCACCUACGACUACAUCGUCGUCGGCGGCGGCCCGGCAGGCAUCAUCGCGGCCGAGCGCUUCGCCGAGACAGGCGCAUCAGUGCUGCUGCUCGAGCGCGGCGGACCCUCAGCCUACUCGUCUGGCAACAACAACACGCUGCCAUGGAACAACACGGUCACGUCGGUCGACAUUCCGGCCUACGGCUACCUCGCGCGCUCGACGCUGCCCGCCGGCACCUUCUGCACCGACACGGCGUCCAACGCCGGCUGCAUCCUGGGCGGCGGCGGCACCGUCAACGCCGAGAUGUUCGUCCCGCCGCACGCGGAUGACUUCGCGACCUGGCCCCGGGGCUGGCGUUGGGAGGACGGCGUCGCUGAGGCGGCGGCUGCGGUGCAUGAGCGUAACCCGGGCAGCGUCUCGCCGUCGCAGGACGGCCGCCACUACUUGACCGGCGUGUUCGACCUGUUCGGUGGCUUCCUGGGCGAGAAUGGUUGGAAGCAGGUCGACGCCGUUGCGCAGCCCGAUGAGAAGCACAAUGUCUACGGCUACCCGCCGUUCAAUGUCCAGAACGCCGUCCGCGCCGGCCCGGUCAGGACGUACCUGCCGCUCGCGGAGGCCCUUCCCAACUUCACCCUCAAGCUGCACACCAAGGUCAUCCGCGUCGUGCGCACCGGCAGCACCGCCACGGGCGUCGAGGUCGAAGAUGCCAGCGGCGCGCGCUCGAUCAUCAACCUCAGCUCCUCCUCAACCGGCAAGGUCGUGCUGGCGGCCGGCGUGAUGACGACGCCGCGCCUGCUCUUCAACAGCGGCAUCGGGCCCGCCUCGCAGAUCGAGCUCGUCGCCAACGGCAGCACGACGGCCGACAGUGUCGCCCUGCCUCCCCGCGCCGACUGGAUCGAGCUGCCCGUCGGCGAGGGCGUCAAGGACCACCCCAUCUUCUACAUCAACCUCAACCUGACCGCCGCCGCCGCGGGCAACGACUCGUCGGUAGUCGCCCUCUACGACCCGCAGAACCCGCCGGCGACCGACAUCGCCCUCUACAACAGCGCCGGCGCGGGUCCGCUCGCCCAGGGCGUCCAGCGCCUCAUCUUCUGGACCUCGCGCACCAACUCUUCCACCGCCCGCGAACGCUUCUUCCAGGGCACCGUCACGCUCGACGCGCCGUCCGUAAUCAGCGUCAAGACGUACCUCACGCGCGGCCUGACCUCGUCCGGCGUCCUCGGCGUCAACGCCACCGACCCAACCAAGACCGUCUUCACCGUCAAGCCCUGGCUGUCCGACCUCGCGGACAAGGACGCGGUUGUGAGCCUGCUGGACGAAUUGCUGGCGCUGUUCCGCACCAAGGGCGACGGCUUCUGGACGCCUGUGGAUUGGAUGAGCGGGCAGGAGAUUGUCGAGGCGAGCGAGUUGCUGCAGAGCUACACGGCUGGCGCGCACUUUGUUGGUACCACCCAGCUUGGGACGGUUGUCGAGAGUGGCGAGCGCGGCCCGCUGGUGAAGGGGACGAGCAAUGUUUACGUCGUCGAUGCUGGUAUCCAUACCGAUGUGCCGACGGGCAACACGAAUGCCAUGGUUAUGGUUGUGGCAGAGCAUGCGGCGAAGAAGAUUGUGGAUGCGGCGGCGAGGAAGUGA